GAGCGCGCACAGCCCGCUCGCAGCGCGGCGCAACUGCGGCCCCCGCCCGGCCCGGCGCAGGCAGCUCAGAUUAAAGAAGCUGAUUGACCAAGAAACGGAAUCCCAGGAGAAAAAGGAGCAAGAAAAGGAGAAGAGGGUCACCGCCCUGAAAGAGGAGUUGACCAAACUGAAGUCUUUUGCUUUGAUGGUGGUAGAUGAACAACAAAGGCUGACAGCACAGCUUGCCCUUCAAAGACAAAAAAACCGAGACCUAACCACAAGUACAAAGGAAACACAUGCUAAACUAGCCCUUGCUGAAGCCAGAGUUCAGGAAGAAGAGCAGAAGGCAACCAGACUAGAGAAAGAACUGCAAACACAGACCACAAAGUUUCACCAGAACCAAGAAACAAUUAUGGCGAAGCUCACCAAUGAGGACAGCCAAAAUCGCCAGCUUCGCCAAAAGCUGGCAGCACUCAGCCGGCAAAUUGAUGAGUUAGAAGAAACAAACAGAUCUUUACGAAAAGCAGAAGAGGAGCUCCAAGAUAUAAAAGAAAAAAUCAACAAGGGAGAAUAUGGAAACUCUGGUAUCUUGGCCGAGGUAGAGGAGCUCAGGAAACGAGUGCUAGAAAUGGAAGGGAAGGAUGAAGAGCUCAUAAAAAUGGAGGAGCAGUGCAGAGAUCUCAAUAAGAGGCUCGAAAAGGAAACAUCACAGAGUAAAGACUUUAAACUCGAGGUUGAAAAACUCAAUAAAAGGAUUAUGGCUUUGGAAAAAUUAGAAGAUGCUUUCAACAAAAGCAAACAAGAAUGUUACUCUCUGAAAUGCAACUUAGAAAAAGAAAGGAUGACCACAAAGCAGUUGUCUCAAGAACUGGAGAGUUUAAAAGUAAGGAUCAAAGAGCUAGAAGCCAUUGAAAAUCGGCUGGAAAAGACAGAAUUCACCCUAAAAGAAGAUUUAACUAAACUGAAAACAUUAACUGUAAUGCUAGUAGAUGAGCGGAAAACAAUGAGUGAAAAAUUAAAGCAAACUGAAGAUAAGUUACAAGCUGCUGCUUCUCAGCUUCAAGUGGAGCAAAAUAAAGUGACAACGGUUACUGAGAAGUUGAUUGAGGAAACUAAAAGGGCACUGAAGUCCAAAACUGAUGUGGAAGAAAAGAUGUACAGCAUAACCAAGGAAAGAGAUGAUUUAAAAAACAAAUUGAAAACAGAAGAAGAGAAGGGAAAUGAUCUCCUGUCCAAAGUUAAUUUAUUGAAAAAUAGGCUUCAAUCACUGGAAGCAGUUGAGAAAGAUUUCCUAAAAAACAAUUUAAAUCAAGAUUCUAGUAAGUCCACAACAACAUUACACCAAGAAAACAAUAAGAUUAAAGAGCUCUCUCAAGAAGUAGAAAAACUGAGACUGAAGUUAAAGGAUAUGAAAGCCAUUGAGGAUGACCUCAUGAAAACAGAAGACGAAUAUGAGACUCUGGAACGAAGGUAUGCUAAUGAAAGAGACAAAGCUCAAUUUUUAUCUGAAGAGCUGGAACAUGUUAAAAUGGAACUUGCCAAGUACCAGUUGGUAGAAAAGACAGAGUCUAGCCAUGAACAGUGGCUUUUCAAAAGGCUUCAAGAAGAAGAAGCUAAAUCAGGGCACCUCUCAAGAGAAGUGGAGGCACUGAAAGAGAAAAUUCAUGAAUACAUGGCAACUGAGGACCUGAUAUGUCACCUCCAGGGAGACCAUUCAGUCUUGCAAAAGAAACUCAAUCAACAAGAAAACAGGAACAGAGAUUUAGGAAGAGAGAUUGAAAACCUCACUAAAGAGUUAGAGAGGUACCGGCAUUUCAGUAAGAGUCUACGGCCUAGUCUCAAUGGAAGAAAAAUCUCUGACCCUCAAGUGUUUUCUAAAGAAGUUCAAACAGAAGCAGCAGACAAUGAGCCGCCUGAUUACAAGAGUCUCAUUUCUCUGGAACGGGCAGUCAUCAAUGGUCAGUUUUAUGAGGAGAGUGAGGACCAGGAAGAGGAUCCGAAUGAGGAGGAAUCUGUGCUGUCCUUCAAGUGCAACUCAUCUACUCCCUGUCCUAUUAACAGGAAGCUAUGGAUUCCUUGGAUGAAAUCCAAGGAGGGCCAUCCUCAGAAUGGAAAAAUACAAACGAAAUCCAAUGGCAACUUUGUACAAACUGGAGAUCUAGUCCUAAGCCACACACCUGGGCAGCCACUUCAUAUAAAGGUUACUCCAGACCAUAUCCAAAACACAGCCACUCUUGAAAUCACAAGUCCAACCACAGAGAGUCCUCACUCUUACACAAGCACUGCAGUGAUACCAAACUGUGGCACCCCAAAGCAAAGGAUAACCAUCCUCCAGAACGCCUCCAUAACACCAGUGAAAUCCAAAACCUCUGCCGAAGGCCUCAUGAAUUUAGAGCAAGGCAUGUCCCCAAUGACCAUGGCAGCCUUUGCCAGAGCACAGACCCCAGAGUCUUGUGGUUCCAUAACUCCAGAAAGGACAAUGUCACCUAUUCAGGUUUUGGCUGUGACUGGUUCAGCGAGCUCUCCUGAGCAGGGACGCUCCCCAGAGCCACUAGAAAUCAGUGCCAAGCACGCGAUUUUCAGAGUCUCUCCAGACAGGCAGUCAUCAUGGCAGUUUCAACGUUCAAACAGUAAUAGUUCAAGUGUGAUAACUACUGAGGAUAAUAAAAUCCACAUUCACUUAGGAAGUCCUUACAUGCAAGCUGUAGCCAGCCCCGUGAGACCUGCCAGCCCUUCAACACCACCGCAGGAUAACCGAACUCAAGGCAUAACUAAUGGGGCACUAAGCAAAACAACCAAUAAAGUCACCAGCAGUAUUACUAUCACACCAACAGCCACACCUCUUCCUCGACAAUCACAAAUUACAGUAAGUAAUAUAUAUAACUGACCCUCAUCCAGUCUAUACUGAUUAUUGCAAGGAACUCAGUCCUCUUUAAUUAUCCCUCCACAUCCCCCAAAGACUGACUGAACUUGUACUUUGGGAAGGUUUGUGCAUGAACUAUUCAACAGUACCUGAAACUAACUGUUGCCUGCAUAAUCAUAUCAAGUGUGCACUUACUGUAUAUCUUUUCAUUUACAUACCUGUAUGAAAAAUAUUUAGUCUGCACUUGUAUAAAUACAUCUUUAUGUAUUUCAUUUUCCAUAACUCACAUUAAUUUGAUUGCAACUUGUCUUGGUGAAAUACCUUAACAUUAUAAAACAGUAAAUAAUUUGUUAUUUUUACCACUGCUUGCUGAAUUUUCUUUUGGUCAUUUUGUGUUAUAUUUUUGCAUGUAUAGUAGAAUUUUAUUUCCUGUUCAUAAUGUCUAUUAAUUCUUCCUUAAAAGAAAAAAAAAGAGCAGAGAACUUACUUCCCACUUACAGUCAACUUUUGAUCACAUAUAAAGGCAGAGAAAGUGGUUUAAAUAAAUAAAAAUUUAUGAUUUCAACAUGAA